AUGAGUAGAUUAAAUCAUUUAAAAUCAAUUCCAAAUUAUGCAGUUACUUUUAUAGGACAAGGUAUAGUCAAAAAUGGUUUAUUAGAAAGUAAUAAGAAAUAUUUACCAAUUUUUCAAAAAUAUUUAGAUGAAAUUGAUGAUGCUUUAAAUGAAGAAUUUUCAAAACAUUUAUUUUAUAAGGAUACUCAACCUAGAAAAAUUAAAGAUUGGUUUAAUAAAACAUCAAAUGCUCAACCUGCAAUUUUAGCUAGUUCAUAUAUCAUUACUAAAAUAUUUGAAGAAGUUUAUGAUGUUGAUUUGAUUAAAAAUGCAAAAUAUUUAUUAGGCCAUUCAUUAGGUGAGUACACUGCAUUGACAUUAAGUGGAAUAUUGGAUUUGAAAACAUCUAUACAAUUAGUUAGAAAAAGAGGUGAAUUAAUGGAAGAUAUGUUCCGUUAUGGAAGUGAAGCAUUUGGAAUGAUUGCUUUAAUAAUACGGCCGGAAUAUGUUGAAGAUGUUAUAGAUUUAGCAACAAAAGAUCAUAUCUUAGCUAAUAUCAAUGCUCCUACUCAAAUUGUUGUAUCUGGUGAAAUGAUCAAAACAGAAGAGUUUAUAAUAAACUUGAGAAAAUUAAAUAAAAGAAUAUUAAUGAAAGAAGUUAAAUUACCAGUAUCAGUACCAUUUCAUAAUGAAAUAUUAAAAUAUAUGGUGCCUAAACUCAAGAAAUUUUUAGAAACAAAAUCAAUAGGUGAACAAAAAAUCCCCAUUAUAUCAAAUUUAGAUGGUGAAAUAUCAACAGACUCCAAACAAACAAUAAAAAAAUUACUUGAAGCUAAUUAUCAACCUGUUCAAUGGAUGAAAUCAAUUCAAAAUUUACCAGUUGAUGAAAUAUAUAAUAUUGGUCCUUCUCAUACUUUAUAUACAUUAAAUAAAAGAUAUGAUAAUAUUAAAAAUAAUGUGUUAAUAGAAAAUAUUGAAAACUUUGUAAAUAGUGAAUCUUAA